CUGGUGAUGAGGCGGGAAAGAGCGGCUGGAGGCAGGGUUUCUGUGGAGACGAUGUCUUUUGUUGAGUAUGACAUCUCACAGAGAGCACGUCCGCGGGCCUUGGAUUGCAGAGCUGCUGCUCGAACAGAGAUCCGGCUGGAGUUGCUAUAAGUCGGCCCCGGUUCAAGUCACAGAGCUUAUUCCACUUGAGAACUGGAUUAAGGAAGCUGGAUAUGAAUCUGCUGUUGUUGUCUACAUAUCCGAUUUAAAGUACAGAAUUAAGGCUGUGCUGACAGCAGAAGCGGGAUAUAACCUUCAGCAGGAAGAGGAGAACUAUACACUCAGUCAACUCAAAAGCAAAGUUAUUAUUUUGAAAAAAUUCAAUAUUCAGGUCAGAUUGGAGCUGGAAUUGAAAGAUUGUGAAUUCUAUCUUGUUGUUCAAGAUUUGAAGAUUCUACCAGGAGACAUGGGUUUCUAUGAUGUAUGCUCCUGUAACAAGGAUCUUGCUGUGCAGAAGAAGUUGAGAGAACUCUGGGAAAAUUAUUUAAAUAACAUGAUAACACAAGAGAAGACAUUUUCUGAUCUCGGUUUAUCAACUAUGAUUAAUGCAGCAGAGGAAGAUGAAAUUAGAGUGCUGAAACAUGCUGCUGAACUUUGCCUUGAUCCAAAUGUUGAUUCCAAAGCUUCAACAUCCACAACACCGUUUUUGUUAACAUCACUGAAUCAACCUUCAGGAUGGAAAGCUAUGAGAAGGCAAAAUAAGAAGGGAAAAAAUUUCACUGUACCAGAAGUAAUGCUAAUGAUUUCUUCUCAACAAGAAGAAGCCUUAAAUAAUAUAAAAGAAUGGAAGGAUGAUUUUGUAUGCACUGAAGAUCCAGAAUCUGGGCAUAAUGGCUGUACAGAUAUGUCCAUGGGUAUUACAGUAGAGCAGGAGGUUCCAUCUUCACAGAAUCCUUGGAAUGCAGUAUCCCCUGUGUGCCUUGGUGGAAUUCCAUCUUCUGGAGAAACUUGUAUUUCAUGUACUUCAGAACCUUGUAAGAAGCACAAUGGCAAAUGUAGUGUCCUUUGCUCGACGUUGGUUGAUGCUCCUGGUUGUAGUGGUCUAGCUGUUGAGCUUCAGCUUCCAGACAACAGUACACAAGAUGAGCCAGACAAAUCAGUAGAGUUGUAUACAGAAGAGUCCCAACAUUCAGAAGGCCAUUGUAGUAAAGGUUCGUUACUCUCACCAGCCACAUCAUCAAACAAUGAAAGAGACAGAAUAUAUGUGACAGAACCUAAAGAGACCAAUAGAGCAAAAUCUAUGAACUCCAAUCCGGCUGCCUGUGACCGUUUGUUUAAAAGCCUGUCUCCUCUAACAAGUACAAUCAUUAAUUCCGAUGGCUUGAAUUGUGUGGGCUCAGCCAAAAACUUAUCCCCUAUGUCAGCAGUUAAAAAUGAUGGCCAAUGUAGACCAAUCAUGGCUUUGUACGAUCAUGCAGCAGAAACUCAAAACAGUGUCUCGGAAAUAGAAGAAACACAGUUAAAAGGUAGCAGAGAGAAGGAACGUUACGAGAGCCCAAGAGCUGCGAAAAGGAAAUGGCAGUGUGGGAGCACAGAAAAUCAAUUGGACAGAAACCAUGUUGAUCAAGGCACUUUCUCGAUGCAGACGAGAGCUGAAAUUGAGGAUGGGGACUCCAUGAACUUGAGUAGCAAUGAGACAUUCAUUGAUGCAGAUCAUUAUGAAGAGAUAGCUGAUGAUUAUCAGAUGAACAACAUUACUGGCCAGAAAAAAGAAGGUAGAAUGAAUAAAAUGCUUAAAGAUACUGACUUGAAUAAUUUGCCACAAAGUAAAAAAGCAUUGUCAACAAAGUAUAAUCAAUUAGACUUUGUUUCCAAGAGACCAUCAGAAGUUCAUAAUUGUAAAGGGCAGGGAUCGGUAGUUACUCCAGCUGGCCAGAACACAGAGGAUGAAUGGGUGCAUGCUUUGCAACAACAUAAUGCUAACCAAACCAAAGAUGAACCUCGGAGACAUCCUGAUGGAAGCAGAUUUUUAUACAGCUAUCCAGCACCUACUGCUGAGCUAAUCGCUCAAGUGAACUCUAUAAGGGUUUCAAGUGAUCUUCUGAAAUGGGCAGUUUCAUAUCUCUCUGGACCAAGUUUGAAACAAGAUUGACUGCUGCUCGGUGCUGACAUAAUUAACUGGUGCUUGAAUUUUUUCAAGGCAUUUAUUAAAUUUGAAUGUCGUUUUCCUUUGAUUUCAGUGAUGGUUCUAUUACAAGUGUUACUCUGUUAAUUCUGCAAAAUACCUGAAUGGUUUGUUGUAGAAGCUUUCAUGUAGAAGUAAUAAAAUCAACAUUGGAAGAGUGGAAAAACAGGUAUUACACUACUUUCAUGGGCUGUUCUUGGCAAUUUUUACUGUUGACUUGGAUCAGUUUUGCCUUUGGACAGGCAAGUACCCUGGAAGACCUGAAGAACUGGAAAGAGAUCAAAGAAAUUUCUUGCUCUUGCCAAAAAGUGUAAUUAAAUUUCUGAGGGGAAUUUUGCGGCAUGCUUAUAUUUGGCCAUUAUAGAGGUCUAUUACUAUUGUAAUGAAAGGAUUAUAUCUGUCUUUUCCAUUUCUGUUUUUGUCUUCUUGUCAUCAGCUUAACUCCAAAUUCGGAGCUGUACUUUAGGUAUGUGCAACAUUUGGAAAAAAGCCUUUAUUAUUUGCUAAUAAAUAAAAGUCUAAUAUUUUUCUUUCAGUGUUUAA